AUGACCACAACAAAUGGAAAUAGUGACACGGUACCAAUAAAAGGCGUUCCAUGUAAUAACAGAAUUGAAGCUCUCUCUAAACAUUUUUACGACGAAUUUGGAUGCAAACCUACAUAUUUUGUUCGAAUACCAGGCCGAGUUAAUAUUAUUGGUGAACAUAUUGAUUACUGCGGCUAUCCAGUGUUGCCCAUGGCAUUGGAACAAGAUAUUUUAGUUGCUGCCGAUCUUACAAAAGAUUCAAAACUGUAUCUACGAAACAUAAAUAGUAAAUAUGAAAAGUUUGACCUUAAAAUUAACCUGUUUGAAGACAUCGAUAUUAAACCGGAUUCUAAUGGAAAACCAUUUUGGUAUAAUUAUGUCCUUUGUGGUAUAAAGGGAGGUUUGGAGUUUAUAAAUAAUGAAAUGAUUCACGGAAUACGUUUAUUUGUUGACGGAAUAAUUCCUCCAGCAUCAGGAUUGUCCAGCUCUUCGGCUUUAGUCAGUGCAGCCUGUUUAGCGUUUUUGUACGCGCAAGGAGCAGGUUUAAAUAAAAUAGAAAUAGCAACUCUAUGCGCAAAGAGUGAACGAUAUAUUGGAACACAAGGAGGUGGUAUGGACCAAGCUAUAGCAUUUUUAGCAGAAAAAUAUAGUGCGCAGUACAUUACAUGGCAGCCUUUGAAAGCUACACCUGUAGCUUUACCAGAAGAGGCAUCCUUUGUCGUUGCGCAUAGCUUAGCUGAAGCAAACAAAGCAGCCACUAACGACUAUAAUCGGAGAGUUAUAGAGUGUAGAUUAGCUGCUCGAAUCCUUUUAACUUCCUCUGAUGCCACUGCAAAUCAAAAGGUCAUAACGCUAUGUCAAGCGCAGAACAUUUUGGGCAAAACAUUAAAUGAAAUGGUAGAUUUAGUGCACGACUUUUUACCCAAAGAAAUGUACACUAAGAGUGAAGUGUGUAGUAUAUUAAAUAUAGAUGAAAAUACAAUGAAUAAUUUAUAUUUAACACCGAAUACGAGUCAUUUAAACGAAUUUAAAUUGAAACAAAGAGCUCUUCACGUCUUUGAAGAAGCCUUGAGAGUUGAAGAUUUUCGCAAGACGUGUACGCAAACUACUGUUAAUGGAAAAACUGCUCAUUCUAAUGGAUCAAAUGGCGUAACUAAAGAUGCCACUGAGACUACUAUAGUCAAGCUCGGUAAGCUAAUGUGCAGUAGUCAUGAUAGCCUGAAAAAUCUUUACGAAUGCUCGCAUGAAAAUUUAGAUCGACUCGUAGACAUUUCGCGUAAAAUGAAUGUACAUUGCAGACUAACUGGAGCAGGGUGGGGAGGCUGUGUUGUCGCUUUAUGUCCCAAUGACAAAGUUAAUGAAUACAUUGAAAUGCUAAAAGAUGAGUUUUACGUAAAACAUUGCGAUAUCGAAAAAAGCAAAGCCAAUGCCUACGUUUUCGCAACAACGCCAAAUUACGGGGCUAUCAUUUACGAUAUUAGAUAUUAA